UUUCCCGCCCCGCCGCCGCCAUAAGGUCUUCCCGCGCCUCGCCCAGGCCAGUGUAGCGCGCGCCCGCCAACUGUCAGUAGCUCCUCCAUACUGCACCUCCUGCCACACUGUUUCCUGACAGGAGAGAAAACUUGUGUAGGGGUCAGGAAGAGUGAGGUGGAUCACUGGGUACCGGACCACCGCGGGUAUGGCCUAAUACCCAGAGUGUGGUAGUGAGCGGGUAGUGCGCGGGUCCAAAGGUUUCCCGCCCCGCCGCCGCCAUAAGGUCUUCCCGCGCCUCGCCCAGGCCAGUGUAGCGCGCGCCCGCCAACUGUCAGUAGCUCCUCCAUACUGCACCUCCUGCCACACUGUGAUUCAAGAGACCAUGGGAGACGCACACACGAGGCCUCUGGGAGCGCAGCAGAAGGCGCAGACGCUGGCCCUGGCCGACCUGCGCACUGUGAAGUGGGUGGCGUCACAGACCCUGGUGAAGGAAGCCUACAAUGUAGGCAAGCCCAGAUAUCUGGCGCUCAAACAGGCCGCCAUUGUGGGCUGGGUCGUCGUCUUCUAUGAGAUGGUGUUGGUGUGGUGGUGGACCUUCGCUCACAACCUGCCGUGGCCGGCGCCGGUGUUGGCGGGCCUCACCCAACUGGACUUGAUGGUGGUCCGGCUGCUGGACUUCACCCAACAGAGGCUGGAGUGGUGGUGGGACGCGUGGGGCGUCCGCUUGAUGUGGAUCAGGGAGACGUUGCUGGCGCGGCUUGACCGCUACAUUACCAUCAUCGACAGGUACCUGCUGCGGGUGCAGGACGUCCUCGCCGCCAUCCUCACCUUACUCAUUACACCACUCUCAAUUGUUUUUGAAUAUCUGAACGUGACUCCUAAGGUGGUGCAGAAGCCUGGUCGUGCGAACGACGACCAGGGUCAGGGUCGUGCUGUAGGUGGCGCCCAUGACGACGACGGCGACGAAGACGAGGAGUGGGGCGACGACAACCUCUCAGACGCCUCCACCGACUCCAAACUUUUGCUCAAGAACGACCCUCAAGGACAAUCCUACAAUCGUCUCCACACCACCAUCAUGGCCGAAGGCAGGCUGAGAGAGGCCAUGUACCAUCGGGUCAAAAAGGAACUUCACCUCAUGAGGAAGAACUCCAUCAGGUUCUCCUACGGCAUUGUGACCUACGCCAGGAGAAUGGUGCCCCCGAGAAUGUAUCCCUACGGCGAGUCUUUCCUGGCUUACUGUCAAAAGUGGGCAAGGGAGCUCGAGCUAUGGGAGCUGGCGGCCCCGGUACAGGAGGCCUGGAGCAGCGACAAGCACUUCCUCGGCAAGGUCCUGGCUCUCGCGCGGGCCCUCUGCGUCGCUUACCUCGCUUUUUUGCUUCGUCUGGCGAAAGGAAAGAAGAGUCGCCGGACGCGGUCGAUGCGCUCGGAGAGUUUCCGGCGGCGGACGCAGAAUCUGACCUGCGGCAACAGUUCGCUGCCCCUCAGCCCCUCCGCCCUUCAGCAGUCGUCAGAGCCAACGCCCUCACAUCCCCUGGGGGUAGUCCCCCCCGCGGGUCUCCAGGAGGCAGCCCCGAAGGAAGACGAGGAUUCGGACGAUUCUCACCCAGAAAACAACGUUCUGAUAAGUAAAGAGAAUCCGACUUCGCGCGCUGAUGCCGACCGCACCAUCUUGCCCAUUGACGAGGAAGAGGAAUCGGACGAAGACUCGAAGGGCAAGAAGGAUCCCGACCACGACAUUAGCGAAGACUCGAUAGCUUCGCUGGACGAGGGAGGGAAGGACAGCGGGUUCUCAGACAAGAGGAGCGAGGACGAGGACCACGGUGGCCUGCCGGAGAGACCGCCGCUCAAGAAAGAGGUCACCAUCGCCGCGGAGUCCUCGCCGCCUCUUCACAAACACAAAUUUAAAUUUAAUCGCGGGAAGAAAAAUUUGAGUGCCACUUAUUAACUGUGUCGCUAGCGGCGGUAUAUAUAAGUUACCCCUGAAAGAUAUAUAUAUAUAUAUAUAUAUA